AGAUAAAAUAAGUCGGUUCUCACAAUUGUGGCCCUGAGAAUGCAGAUACGUCUAAAGGUCAUCAAGGAUAAAACAACAGUUCAUUCGCAAUGUUCGCGGAGUUAUCACACCCGUGUUUUUAGUAACAUAGCUUUUAAUCCGUGUUUGAAUACACCAUAAUGAAAUACAUCGUGAUAUUUGGAUUGCUUGCUUCUCCUGCAAUACAUUGUAAAAUUUGCAGUGACUGCAAACCGUAUACGUCAUGUCCAGCGUCUUUCAGUGUAGUCCCAGAACUUGAUGACAUAUCACCAAAAGAAUUUAAAGAAAAGUAUUGCGGUGUGGAAUACAUUAAUGGUAAUAGGAUUCCCAAAGUAUGCUGCUCCGAAGUGACCACGAAAAAUUUGGACACGCAUCCCAACAUAGAUUUGUUGCCGACAAGCUGCGGAUAUAUUGACAACUACCCGACAUCCAGCCGAGUGGUGAAUCUAUAUGAGUUUCCAUGGAUAGCUCUCUUGAGUUCUUCGACCAGAAAACUUGCAUGCGAUGCAAUUGUUAUAAACAAAAAAUACGUGUUAACUACAGCGUUCUGCGCCGAAAAACUGAUUCCAACUUAUGUGCAAUUUGGGGAUUAUAAUCCAAAAAGCGAAACUGAUUGCAUGCCCGGUGCUAGUAAUAUUUGCGAAAAUUUCAUUCAGAAUCUUACAAUCCAGGAACUAAUUCCCCAUCCAGAAAAAGUAUUAGCUCUGCCAAACAUUAAACAUAAUAUCGCUCUUAUACGUGUUAACGAUGAAAUCGACUUCACUCACAGAAAUAUAGCGCCUAUUUGUUUACCGAUAUCUGAACAUAUCCGAAGUGCUAAUAAAAUAAACAAGACGGGCAUCGUAGCUGGUUGGCUCCUUAACGAUACUAACAGACGUGAAUUCUCAACAUAUUUGAAAAUACCCGCCUAUAUAGAUGAACCUCAAAAGUGCAUACGAGAUCUGGAAAUUAAGGUUGACUCAGAAGCUUCGUUUGAAAAUGCUUUCUGUGGCACCUUGUCGUCUGAGGAUAAACUGGAAUGCAAUGCUGUUAAUGGUGACCCCUUUAUGUCUAUUGAUAAGGUCAAUAAUGUGAACCGAUAUGUUUUAUAUGGAAUAUACUCACAUGGAUUAAGAAGAUGCCUAAAAAACUCCGACAUAUAUGUGGAUAUAACAAAGCACAUGGAAUGGAUUUUGGAUAAUAUAAGACCUUAAAAUAAAUGCUUUGACGAAGUC